AAAUCGUGGAAUAACGCUGAUUCACUCGAGCGUUUGAAAUCAGCGAAAUUUACCUUGUCAAUGCAAACAUAAUUUGCAAUCAUUCUACUUAUCGUCUGCAAAAUGUUGCGAAGUAAAACAGGAAAAUUUCAAUCGAAAAAGUCAUUUGUUAAGCAAUUCAAAGCUCAAGAGUCCAGAAGAAAUAUAUUAGUAAGUCAUCCUGUUGAUGAGCCCAUUACAGCAGAUCACAACUACGUGCAUGCCAACACUUAUCCAGUUUUCUCAGACUCAGAUCUUGAACUUGGUGCAAGCUGUACCAUUGACCCAUCUCUUAAUAAUGACUGGAAGACAGGUAGACGGGUAGUCGAGCUUCAAGCCUUAGCCCAACAGAUGUUUUGCACCUCGUGUAAUGCUCGACUACACCUGGCCGACAUCGAGAGCGAGAGACGAUAUGGUUUAGGCAGCAUACUUUUUAUAAGGUGUCAGAACAGUGUGUGCAGUUCAUUAAACGACGUUAAAACAGGAAAGAGAAACAACGGAACAUUUGACAUCAAUUCAAAAUUAGCACUAGCCAUGGUACACACAGGAAUGGGCCCAGUACAGAUUAACAACUUCCUUGCAACUUUAAAUUUACCACCAGUUGUGCCGUCCACUCUUAAGAGAAGGGAACAAAAAAUUGAUACAACUCUGGAGACCGUAGCCAAAAAAUCUUGUCUUGAGGCCCAAAAGGAAGAAAUUGAAAAGGGAAAUGGAAAGAUGGAAGUAAGCUUUGACGGUGGGUGGCAGAAAAGGGGUACAGGAUGGAAUUAUAAUAGUAAUACAGGCCAUGCAUCAUUAAUUGGGAAAGAAACAGGAAAGGUAUUGCAGUUCUCUCUUAGAAGUAAAUCUUGCCAGAUAUGUGCCCUAUAUCAGAGUAAAAACCACACUAUACCUGUACAUGAAUGUUCAAAAAACUGGGAUGGUUCUAGUAAGGCAAUGGAGCCUGACAUGGCAAUAUCAAUGGCCAGAGAGUUAGAGGAAACUGGAUGUGCAAUAGAUGUCAUCCAUGGUGAUAAUGACUCGACCACAACUUCUCGACUGAAAGCUGUUUUCCCUUCAAUUGAAAAGAAAGAUGACAAUGCUUCAUGUACGCCAUAA